AUGGAUGAGGCAUGCGCUACAACAAAGAUGCACGCCGACAAACAAACGACCCUGGAAAUUGUUGUUGGCCCUGGACAUGUAGCACGGGUUGUGAGCCGAUGGACUAAAAUCCCUCUCACUACACUUGACCAAGAGGAGAACGAGAAGUUGAUCCACAUUGCGAAAAAAUUGCAUGAGCAUGUUAUUGGCCAGGAUGAAGCUGUUAAUUUGGUUGCGCAAGCAGUCCUACGUUCUAGGCUCGGAUUUGGACAAAUCGGACAACCGAUAAGUGCAUUCCUCUUUUUGGGCCCGAUUGGCGUCGGAAAGACAGAACUUGCUAAAGCCCUCGCUGAGAAGAUAUUUGACAACGAGAAGGCAUUGAUUCACUUUGAUAUGUCGGAAUAUGCUGAUAGUGGAUCUGUGUCACGUCUCACCGGAGGAUCUCGAAGCUAUGAAGAAUAUGGACAACUCACCGAGAAAGUCAAGAGGCUCCCAUAUAGUGUUAUCCUUUUCGACCAAGUGGAUAAAGCAAAUGCCUCGGUAUUCAAAGUUUUUCACCAGCUGCUCCACGAUGCUAUGUUGACCGAUGGCAAAGGGCAAGUUGUAGAUUUCAAGAACACUAUCGUCAUUAUGACCUCAAAUAUAGGAGCAGAGCACCUACCAUCAAGAAUCACGGGCGAAAAUACAAUCAAAUCUGGAAGAGAUCUCCUCAUGAAUCAGGUUAAGAAGCGCUUCAAGCCUGAACUUAUCAAUAGACUAAGUAAGGUUGUCAUAUUCGAGCCACUUUCGCACAAUGAACUGAGGAAGAUUGUGAUAAUCCAGAUGAACAAUGUCAUUGCAACAGUAGCUAACAAGGGUGUCUCCGUACUUGCAACUGAUGCGGCCCUAGACGUCAUUCUGUCACAAUCACAUGACCCGGUGGAUGGCGCAAGGCCCAUUAGAAGGUGGGUGCAGAAUCACGUGAGCACGAUUCUCUCGGACAUGCUGGUCGACGGAGAAGCCUGUGCAGGAUCGACAAUCUCCAUUGAUGCUGCUGCUGACGAUAAGAGGGGGCUAACGUUCCAAGUGCUGAAGAAGCAGCAGGAGUUGGCAGAUCAAUGA